UCGUGAUCCUCAGAUCCUCAUAAUCACAUCAGGUCGCCAAGAAUUAUAUCACCACCGCUUGGACGCACAUUUCGAACGGAUGGAUGGAUGACGGAUCCUGAGCAGAAAGGGGGCGCCCUGCUCAUGUGUGAUGCUGACGGUCCUCCAGCUUCCAUAGUCUAUACUACCGUACCGUCCUUGCAUGGUCGUGCGAUCCAUCCGGAAUUCUGUCCUGGCAGACCACGCAAGUCUACGAGCGAACGGACGCACAAUCCCGAGUGUUUUGACCCCCCACCCCCAACCGGCCGGCUUUUUACUUCAUCUCUUGCACUUAUUCGCAACGCCUGCACCGCGACCAUGAGGCAGAAAGAAGAGGUACACGAGCAGUCCGACGUCGACCAUGACCUCGUGUGGGUGCAGAGUCUCGCGUGUUGCUGCAGUUUGAGCCUGUUCAUUUCGUCCAUACUGCAGCUACCGGAAUUGGAACAAUGUGCCGCUGGUCGAUCAAUACGAAGGUCAUUGACUCGCCGCCGCCGCGCGCCGCCGCGCGCCGCCACCUCUUACGGAUGCUCUGCCUUUAACAGCAUUUGUUUUUUCGCCGCACACGCCUGACGACUCAUUCGCCAUGCCUUUCUUUGCUUCGUCUCACAGCGCGCUCAUUUGUCUCGCCAGUCGAGUCAAAAGUUCUGGCCCAAGGUCGUCUCUUGAAAUGAUGCCGCGGCCCCUCCCUCCUUUGCCGUCUUAUGGCGGAGCGCCGGCGAAGGCCGUGUGUCCAUGUUCUUUCAAUUCUCCUCGCAACUAGCCACCUGCUGGCCGCAUGUUCGGAAUAUUCGUUCGAAUUACUGGAUACGCCGUCUUCUUGGACAAGAGUCUGGUGUUUGGGGACAUGGUGGUCGUCCCUACAACGCUUA